CUUUUUACUCCGUAUCUGCAUCCCCUGCAUGUGCGCUAGUGCACCACUGGCCGAAAGGCGAUCCGUCAUGACACAACACUGGGAGGGGUUCAUUAAUCAUCUCCCUGCCGAGCAUCUCGCAAGGGGGUGCUCUUAUUUGUACCCGUCUGACUCUCAUAUCGUGAUUCGCGGUGACUACCAUCCUCGAAGGAAGGAGAAGGGAAGCCUUUGACUUCGCUGAUCAUGGCCCCCCUACCGGAGAAAGAAAUGAGCGGCUGGGUAGACGGCCCCAACGAUCGGGGUACUAUUGAUAUCCUCUGGGGCUGCUGCUUGGUGCUCUCGACCGCUCUCUGGACGGUUCUUCACCUGAACAUCCCGGCUCCCGAUGAUAGUACAUGGACGGUUCUCGGGCGCAAGCUUCGCUGGGGCACAUUUGCCAUUCUCGCACCCGACAUGCUCGUCGGUUUCUCGGCCAUGCAGUGGCAGUCAGCACAGGAAUCGGUGGCUAAGAUGCACGGCCUCGGCUACAAGGACUGGUCUCUUAAACACGCCUUCUACGCCAACAGCGGUGGCUUUGUCCUUCAUUCGACUGACUACCCUCCCUUCCCCAUUACCGCCGCCUCCAUCCAUUACCUCGUCGAGACACAGCACAUCGACUGCCCCACCAUUACCGAGGCGGAGAUCUGGGACAAGAGCAAGGCGGAUACGUUUGCCAAAUGCGUGGCCUUGGUGCAGGGGGUCUGGCUAGUCGUCCAAUCCAUCGCUCGGGCGGCGCAGGGCCUCGCCGUCUCCCCGCUAGAGCUCUUUACCAUUGCCUUUGUGCUCUCCACCAUCACCACCUACUACUUCUGGCUGCACAAGCCACAGAAUGUGGGUGUGCCUACUAUCAUUGAGCUCAAGAGCGGGUCUGUUACCAGCCUCAUCAACAGUGCUGGAGAGAUCGGAGUCGAGCCCUUUCGUGAGACGCCGCUGGAUUUUGUUGAGAAACCACUACAGCGGUGGCAUCGCCGGCCCACACUCGAGCAAUUUCGUCCACAGGACCAGCCCCUACAGCGCAUGCCAGAUGAUAAGAUUGUGUUCAGCGGCCUGAGCCAACGGGCUUGGCUGCUGGUGUCCCUCCAGGCCAUGGUGCACCCGGCCGUCCAUCUGUUAGGGUGGAACCACGUGUUUCCGACGACCACCGAACAGACGAUGUGGCGCGUCAUGAGUGUAUUCCUAGCCUCCGGUCUCCCCUUGUCAAGCAUGCUGCGGGUAACACUCACAGCAUGUGGCUUCCACGGCCACCAGUCCUUGACGUGGAUCUGGGUUCAACCCAGCGGCAAGGAAGAACGCGGGUGGCGGGCCUGGGUGCUGGACGUCACCAUGUCCCUUAUUAGUGCGUGCCUGGUGCCGGCCCGCAUGUAUAUAAUCAUCGAGGCCUUUAUUAGUCUGAGACGGUUACCAUGGAGUUCGUUUGUAAAUGUCGAGUGGACUGAUUUCAUUCCGCAUGUAUGAUGAAAGAAACACAAUCAUUUCGCAGUCGUCUCACUCCGACAUAAGCUCCACGAUACUUAUAUAACCAGAACAUCAAUAAACCUUCCCGUAUUCUGCCAACGAGAGACUCUCAAUCGACAUCAAUGACUCGCGGUGCGGACAAAUCUUCGGUCACGAUCAGAUAGAUGACCUUGGGCCAGGACGAUACGCUCUGUUCCAGUCCGCUUGCCUAUAAACAAUCGAAUCCGGAAGGUUAGGGCGCUUCACUACGCAAGCCU